AUGGCCGUGGCAGACACCCACAUUGGGUUGGCAGACUAUGAUACAGCUGAGACUCUUCUGAAUCAGGUCUUGUCAGUAACCGAUCUCGGCCCAUACAUCCAGAUCGUGACAACCCUUCGUUUGAACAAGAUUGGGAGGAGGACAAACCGAUUCACGACUCGAUUCGGGGACAGUCUGAGAAAUGUCAUCCCAUUGACCAUUGAAGCAGAUACGGAAGUCCAAAUAGAAUUUCUGGCUGAGCUGACAGCUACCCUUGCGCAUCUCAAAUACGGGGAAAAGAAUAGUCAAUAUUGUUCAAAGCUGAACGAUGUUGUGCGGCAGACGAUAGACCUCUACCAAAAGCAUUCUAUUCUCCAGGACGACUGGCGCUUGAAGAAGAUCACAAUAGCGUCAAAGGAAAUAGCUCCGGCAAUCUCAGUACUCCCGUCAGGGGAAACUAGUGGACAAGACGCUGUCGAAACUCCCGAGAUCAGAGAACCAAUCUACCAGAGAAUUCUUGAGCACUUUGUCCAGAGUACAUUCGACAACCGGCCUGAGCACUUUUUGCCAGAGGGCUCAAUCGACCGCAUUCUUGACCGCACAUCUGUCGUUGACGCCAUAGGCACAGCAAACAUGAUUGAGAGCGACCAAUUGGUCAAUUUCAUAGUCAACAAGGCCCGAAAACUGUUCCUGAUUGCGAUCUAUAGUGGUCUCGAAGGGGAGACUCUAUCCCGUGCGAUGAGAUCGUUUGAAGUCAACAACCUACAAGAUACCGACCUCCCAAUCACGGACCUAGAUCAUGAGCAUUUCAUGCCAUCCAAAGAUAAAUUGGAAGGCUGGUAUGAGUUGUGGACUCCAGUGACCUUUUACAAUCUUUGCCAAGCCCAAUGGAGGUUUUUAGCCCCUGUGUUUUCGACCGAUCGGUUCUUCUAUGAUUUCGGCCCUCGUUCCAUCAUCCCAGUUGUCGAAAAAAGCGAUCAGUAUAAGGAGGGUGCUUUCAGCCGAGUUUUCAAGGUCAAGGUUCACGAAGCGCACUUCAAGGAUCAGAAGCAAUCGACAGUUCCAUACCCUGAGCUUUUUGCCCUCAAGCAGAUUCGUCACGUUGACAAUUGGGCUGGGGAAUUGGGCGCUAUGCAUUGGGUACAUUCUCUCCAGCAGUCGCACAUCGUCCAGGCCAUGGCUGCAUUCAAAAAGGGCGCUCGUGGUGCCGAAGAUCAUUACCUGAUGCUUGAAUGGGCCGAUGGUGGGAAUCUUCGAGAGCUGUGGAUGGCUCACCCGAACCCGAUUCCCAGCCCUGAGUUGAUCAAACUAGUCAUCCAGCAACUCCUUGGUCUUACCAGUGCUCUUUGUGUGGCACACGCAGAUGGAGUUCGACAUGGAGAUAUCAAACCGGAAAAUAUCUUGAGAUUCAUGGGUAAGAGUGAUAAUCUCAUCGGAACGCUAAAGCUGGGUGAUUGGGGACUUGCAAGGCGUCACACCACCGUGACCGAACUGCGAGCCGAGCCGACAACUACCAGGCAAGGCACUCUACGCUAUGAGCCACCGGAAAUCAAUACUUCUCGGUCUCGCCUGUAUGACAUGUGGGCCAUUGGCUGCAUCAUUCUAGAGUUCACGGUUUGGCUUCUUCAUGGUAGGGAGGGGUUAAUCAACUUCAGCCACGACACGAUUGGGAACUCUACACAUGGUGGCCCAUUUUACGAGCUGGGAAUCGAAAACGGAGUAACAGUUCCUAGAAUUAAGGAGGCAGUGGUGAGGUGGAUGGAUAUCAUGGCUAAGCAGGCAGGAGGCGAAGUUAAAACCGCUCUUGGUGACCUUCUAGCGAUUGUUCGGAACAAACUCCUAGUGGUC